AUAUAUAGAUAAACAAAUAAACAAAUCACUACCUUCAAUUCUCAAAACAAUUUCUUAACUUCAACUCACUCCAACACAGCUACUCUCUGUACUCCUGUCUCCCUCAAUGUACAAUGACCAAAAAGCCCCUUUUUGUGCUAUAAGCCCCUCCCCUUGGAACAUACCAGCUACCUUCUGUUAAUUUAAAAUAAGAUAGAAACUAAUUAUCCACCCCAGUGCAUAUAUACAAUCACAAACACAAAUAUACACUCCACAGUAAUUUUUUAACUUUCACCAUUUCUGGCUCGUAGCAGCCAAUCAUUAUAUUUUAACAUAAAAACCCCUUUUCCCUGGAGUGGUCCCUUCCCCGCGUGCAUCACGCAUGCGCCACUCCAGCUAAACCGAAUAAACGCAUUCGUGUUCCUAUGGUUCUGUUUGGUCCUCCACUGCACCAGUAGUCCCAUGCUACUGUAAACAAACAGACAAACAAAGAAAACAGAGGGAGACACGACAAUCCAACAAACACUACAACGCAAUAAGAACAUUCAAACCAAGCGACAUGUAUUAUAAAGACAGGACAAACAUUUAUCUGGGUAAUUGUGUAUGUGUGUAACCUGAUAAAGAUGGGAAAGAUGGCGUCGCUCGCGGCCUGAGACAGAGCCCUCUGUCACACUUCUUAAAGACAACACAAUCCCCAGGUAGGUGGCACCCUCUAGCAUCUUGUGUGUGCUGCAUGCCUUUCCCUACACUGUGGCUGAGGAUUUAGUCUUAUUUUCUGUUGUUUUUCUUAAUACAUUAGCAUGUGUUGUCAUAUUGCUCUGGCAACAUUCUAUGAUGCUUUGUAUCCAAUGAAUGUAAGACACUUGUUGUGGAUUCUAUGUGUCCAACUCAGUGUAUGAUGUCAGAUCACUGGGGGUUAACUCUGUGCAUAUUUUCCUCUUCAUUUACUCGUAGUCUCUUUCCUGGCCUCUUCUCUAUCUCCGUUCUCCCUUUGGUUUAAUUGUCUUGGCCCAUGGUUAUAAACUGGCUCUGGAAAGAAUGAAGAGGCAUGAAUCUCUGCAGAGAACCACUGUCUCUAAAAUGAGUCUUUCUGGAGAGUGUGAAGAGGGCAAUGGCUUUAACACGAGUCUUUCUGGAGAGUGUGAGGCAGCAGCCAGGGGCUGUAGUGACAUGAGCUCUUUAAGUUUCGUUCACAGGGAGCAGCCGAAGAGACCACAGUCUCCUACACCUUCCUGUCUGUCUAUGAAGAGUGAUGGCUCAAUGCCUCCACCAUUACACUUCAGCAAAGAAGCCUGCAAAUUAGGCAAAAGUGAGGUAACAGACAGUGAGCUUCCAGAGGAUCUCUUCCAGAUUGACAUGUCUGAUCCUUUGAAAAAGCUGAAAGACAUUGUUAAAGUGAAACUAAGGCAACAUUUUAAAAGCAUCCACGAAGGAUUCUCGCUUCAGGGCAAAUCAGUGCUACUGACUGAGAUCUACACGGAGCUCUACAUCACAGUGGGUGGAAGUGGACAGGUGAAUAAUGAACAUGAAGUCAGACAGAUUGAGUUGAUGUCCAAGAGACACAGAACUCAAGAGACUCCGAUCAAAUGUAAUGAGAUAUUCAAAGCACUUCCGGGACAAAGGAGACAAAUCAGAACAGUGCUGACUAAAGGGAUAGCUGGAAUCGGGAAGACUGUGUCUGUACAGAAGUUCAUUCUUGACUGGACUGAAGGAAAAGCCAAUCAAGAUAUUAUGGUCAUAGUCCCUCUGCCUUUCAGAGAUCUGAAUCUGAAGAAAGAGAACUACAGUCUCAUCCAACUUCUUCAUCACUAUGCUCCAGAGCUGAAAGAGAUCAAAUACAUCAGUGAUGAAAACCUUAAACUUCUUUUCAUUUUUGACGGUCUGGAUGAGUGUCGACUUCCUUUAGAUUUCCAGAACAAUGAACUUUGCCGUGAUGUUACAGAGUCAACCUCAGUAGAUGUGCUGCUGACAAACCUCAUCAAAGGGAAUUUACUUCCCUCGGCUCUCAUUUGGAUAACAUCCAGACCAGCGGCAGCCAAUCAGAUCCCUCCUGAAUGUGUCCACCAGGUCACAGAGAUCCGUGGGUUUAAUGAUCCUCAAAAGGAGGAGUAUUUCAGGAAGAGAAUCAGAGAUCCGAGUCUAGCCAGCAGAAUUGUCACACAUAUCAAGUCAUCAAGGAGCCUCCACAUCAUGUGCCACAUACCAGUCUUCUGCUGGCUUUCAGCCACUGUGCUGGAGACUAUGAUGAGUGAUGCAGGCCCUGGUGAAAUACCCAGAACUCUGACUGAGAUGUACACUCACUUCCUACUCAUUCAGAUGAGUUUAAAGAAUAAGAAGUACCAUGGAAGUACCACACUGGAAAACCCGAAGAGGCUAUCUCAGUCAGACAGAGAGAUGAUUCUUAAACUGGGAAAAUUGGCUUUUCAACAGCUGGCGAGGGGUAAUCUAAUAUUCUAUGAAGAGGACCUGAGAGAGUGUGGCAUUGAUGUCAGUAAAGCUUCAGAGUACUCUUCACUGUGCACAGAGAUCUUUAGAGAGGAGUUGGGAUUGUACAGGGAGAGGGUUUUCUGUUUUGUCCAUCUGAGUAUUCAGGAACAUCUGGCCGCAGUGUAUGCACAUGUUUCAUGUGUGAGUGAAAACAAAAAUGUUUUUGGCCCACUAAAGCCUCAGAAAGAAAAGGACACAAUAUCACUGACUGCACUAUACCAGACUGCUGUGACCAGAACCCUGAGGAGCAAAAAUGGUCACCUGGAUCUUUUUCUUCGUUUCCUUCUUGGCCUCUUACUGGACUCCAACCAGAGUCUCCUUCAAGAACUGUUGACAGGAGAUAACUCAGAAAUGAGAACAUACACCACAGAACAGGCAAUUUCUUGCAUAAAGUGGAAUAUCAGUCUGGAAUCAUCACCAGAGAGGAUCAUCAAUCUGUUCCACUGUCUUAAUGAGCUGAAUGACAACUCUCUAGUGGAGGAAAUCCAGACUGCAUUCAGAUCAGGAACUCUGUCAGAUAAACAGUUGGAACCAGACCAGUGCUCAGCUCUGGCCUUUGUGUUACUGAUGUCACAGGAGGUUUUGGAGGAGUUUGACCUGAAGAUGUUCAAAACAUCUGCAGCAGGUCAGCAGAGACUGCUCCCAGUGCUGAAAAUGUGUAGGAUCGCCAAACUGGAUCACUGUGAUCUCUCAUCUGAAUCUUGUGUAACUGUGGCCUUGGCUCUCCCGUCAGUGAACUCACCCCUGAGAGAGCUGGAUCUCAGCUCCAAUAACCUGACAGUUUCAGGAGUGAAGCUGCUCACUGAGGGACUCAUGAGUCCAAACUGUAAAAUAUGGAAACUGGGAUUGGCAGGUUGUGAUCUCUCAUCUAAAUCUUGUGAGCAUGUGGCCUCAAUUCUUCAGUCGAUGAAUUCGGCCCUGGUAGAGCUUGAUCUCAGGUCCAAUAAUCUGACAGAUUUGGGAUUGAAGUUGCUCUCUGUUGGACUGAUGAAUCCAAACUGUAAACUACAAAAACUGGGAUUGGACAACUGUAAUCUCUCAUCCCAGUCCUGCAUGACUGUGGUCUUAGCUCUCCAGUCGGUGAACUCAUCCCUGAGAGAGCUGGAUCUCAGCGACAAUAAUCUGUCAGAUUCAGGAGUUAAGGUGCUCACUGCUGGACUGAUGAGCCCUAACUGUAAACUACAGAAACUUGAAUUAAGAAUGUGCAGUAUCACAGAGGCAUGUUGUGUGAAUGUUGCCUCAGUUCUGCAGUGUCCCCACUCUGACCUAAGAGCACUAGAGUUGAGAGACAACGACCUGAAAGAUUCAGGAGUGAAGUCACUCUCGGCUGGACUAGAGGAUCCAGGGUGUAAAUUAGAGAAACUGGGGCUGUCAGGUUGUCUAAUUACAGAGGAAGGCUGUGCUUCACUGGCCUCAUCCCUGAGGUCAAACCCCUCACACCUCAGGGAGCUGGAUCUGAGCUACAAUCACCCAGGAGAUUCAGGAGUGAAGCUGUUCUCCGAUCUUCUAGAAGAUCAACACUACAAACUGGGAAAACUGGAAUUGGACCAUUGUGAUGAGUGCAGGGUAAAACUUGGAUUCAGGAAAUAUGCCCGUCAGCUCACGCUGGACCAGAACACGGCACAUGCAAACCUCUCUCUGUCUGAGGGGAACAGGAGAGUGACUCACGUUCUGGAAAAGCGGCGAUAUUUGGAUCACCCCGAGAGAUUUAAGUUUCAUCCUCAGGUGCUCUGUAAAGAGGCUCUGGCCGAGCGCUGUUACUGGGAGGUGGAGUGGGAGGGAGAAGCAGACAUUGGAGUGAGACACAGGCACGGGAACCGUGAGAGGACGGGCUGGGAUGCGGAUCUUAUGGGAAUGGAUGACAAGUCUUUUGGUUUGGUGUGCCAACGGGAGAGUUUCCACUUCUGGCACAGGGGGAAGAGAGCUUUUCAAGUCUCUCCUCCUCCCUCCCCGACCAGAGUAGGAGUCUAUCUGGACUGGGCUGGUGGCACUCUAUCCUUCUACAGUGUUUUCAGUGACACACUGACCCUCCUAUACACCUUCCAGACCACAUUCACUGAGCCCCUUUACGCUGGAUUUAGGGUUAACCCUGACUCCUCAGUGACUCUGUGUCAGCUGGAAUACACCCGCAGAGUGAGCAUAGCUUAGAGAGAAAAGACAAAAGCCAGCCAA